AUGAGAUCGGAUCUGACGACUCAACCAUUCCUCAUUCAAUCCAUCAUCGACAAUGACUUGGUCGCCGUUGAAAGGGUCCUUAGCAUUGGCGGCGAGGCAUUCGUUAUUCGCUCAGACUACGACGGCGACAAAGAGGCGAAGCGGAUGUUCCGAGCAAUGACCCCUGAGAUGGGAUGGUUGAUCGCUAAUCACAAGACCACCCUAUUCUCAUUGACACAUCACCAUCUUAAACUGAUGAUUAGCGCCAUAGCAAUUGGUAGCAAGAUGACGGUGGAGGUAGUCGAGAUGUUCAUCAAACGCAAGAAAAAGUUGUUCAACAUACAGACUGGCGACAAUGACUUUUCCAAGAGUGCACUGGUUUUUGCAGCGGGUGUGUCAACUCAUCAACAAGAAGUACAAGUUCACCUAUCACCGCGGCUGUCUAAGGAGGGCCAUCAAACGGGGCUGUAUCGAGACCAUGCCCAGUCUCUUCAAACAUCAGCACACGAGACACUUCAAAGACUCUGA